AUAAAUUGUUAUAAAUAGCUACGCAAUAUAAGUUCAACACGCGCUCUGGAAACCAACUAGGAAGUUAAAUUGAAGAAGUUACCCACCCAUCUCAUGACUUUGGGAUUUAUUAGGUCAGGAGGAUACACAAUUCAUUUGCAGAAGGAAACCUUGGAUCAGAGUGACAAGUAAUCUUGUUUUCAAGACCGGCAGAGAUCUGUUUUCAGAGGCAAAAAGUCUGCUUAGGUCUCCGGGAUCCAUAUUUUGAGGGAACUUCGGAAUAAGAGAACUGUAAGAGGUCAAAGGAGCAGAGAGAAGCAGCCGCAACACCCUGCGACGGUGUGAGGAAGCAUGUGGUGUAAUCAAAGUUGUGCCUUCCUGACAGUGGCAACCGUCGGAGCCCUGCUCGCCAUCCUCGGGGGAGUUUUGAUCCCAGUUGGAAAUAACAUUAUGGAGAAGAAAAUUAAAAAGGAAUCUGUCAUUGAAAAGGGUACAACUGCCUAUCAGAACUGGGUGAUUCCUGGGAGUCCCAUCUACCGACAGUUUUGGUUCUUCGAUGUACAGAACCCAGAGGAUGUGAUGGCGAAUGGUUCCGCUCCAAUACUUCAGCAGAAAGGUCCUUACACUUAUAGGAUGCGCUAUCUGCCCAAAGAAAACAUCACUGAACACUACAACAACACCCUGUCCUACUUUCAGCCAAAUAUUAUCCGUUUUCAACCCGAUAUGUCAGUUGGGCCGGAAAAUGACACUGUCACGACUGUCAACCUUGCGGUUGUGGCUGCACCGGUUUUGUAUAAAACUGGACUUAUUCAAGCCUUGAUGGAUAUCUGGAUGAAGUCAUCAAAAUCAAGAUUCCUCCAAACUCGAAGUGUGAAAGAAUUACUUUGGGGCUAUGACGAUCCUUUCUUGAAAUCCAUCCCAGUGAAAAAAGUUAAACCAUUUGUUGGAGUAUUCUACCCUUACAAUGAAACAUUUGAUGGCCCUUACCAAAUUUACAGUGGGAAAGACGAUUUAAGCAAGAAAGGAAUCAUCUUCAGUUUUAAUAAUAGCAGGACCGUUAGUUACUGGAAAAGUUAUUGCAGUAUGGUGAACGGCACGGAUGCAGCUUCGUUCCACCCUUUUGUCAACAAGAGUGACGUGCUACAAUUCUUUUCCUCAGAUAUUUGCAGGUCAAUCUUCGCAACAUUUGAAAGUGAGCAGACUGUGAAAGACAUCCCAAUUUAUCGCUUUGUCAUCCCUCCAUCGGCUUUUGCAUCACCUGCUACCAAUCCUGAUAAUGUCUGCUUCUGCACCGAUAGGACUAUAAGUCAGAACUGUACAUUAGGUGGAAUUAUGGAUAUCAGCUCCUGCAAAGCAGGUAGACCAGUCUACAUCACAUUACCCCAUUUCCUGCAUGCAAGUAAGGAAUUUUUUCAGUAUGUUGAGGGGCUGAAGCCAGAUGUGGACGAACACAAGACCUUUCUGGAUGUAGAACCGAUCACCGGAUUUACCUUGCAUUUUGCCAAAAGGCUGCAGAUUAAUAUAUUGGUGAGACCGAAUUUAAAAAUCACAGCCCUAAAAAAAAUUAAGCAAGACUUUAUCUUUCCUAUUUUGUGGCUGAAUGAGACAGCUAUUAUUGGUGAUGAAAAAGCAGAAGCUUUCCGAUCAAAAGUGAUUAACAAGAUCAAAUUGAUGCACUACCUUCAAUUGACGCUAAUUAUCAUCGGUUCUGUGAUGUUCCUGGGAUUCCUAAUUGCUUUUUUUGUAUGCAGAGGGAAGAGUCCUAAAUAAGAUGCUGCUGGGGAAGGCAUCCGUUUCUUCCAAUUUCAAGCAGAGAGUAGAUCUGCCUUCCUGGUGUUGUUGUUGGUUGUGGUCUGUGAACUGUAAAUAUCCUGCGGAAGGCGUCUGCAAUACAGCGGUGACAGAUACGUCAUUUUCCAAUCAGAAAUCCACGGACAUUCAGAUGACCUGUUUUCACACCACCAGAAAGACUGGCGUGGAAUCUGAACUUCUGGGGCUCGCCCCCUUCGAAAUGAAACUCCAAUUUGCAUCUGACUUUGUUCUGCCGAUUGUUGCAGCUCGACUGCCAUUUCCUCUGCAUCCUCCGGAGUUGAAGAAUGGGAAUGGCUGGGCUGGAAAAGAAUUGUUUCCUUGGCCUCCCACUCCCGUGAAGAAAAGAACCCCUGUUGUGUUUGUCUUCAAAAGCUGUGACUUUUUUUGUUUAUUGUUUUUUUGGAAGGGAAGGAAGAAAGACCAACAACUGUAGACUAUUAAUUGCUAGUAAAGGACUUGCCAAAAAGGC